UCUAACUGUUAUUCCACACCAAACGGAAAACCAACCUUCAACUGACACUGCCAAUUUCUUCUUUUCAUUUCUUUCUCUCAAAUUCCAUUUCAUUGCAACGAAGAUGAUGGCGGCGGUGAUCGGAAUCCGCGAUAGCAAGAAGAAGAAGACGGAGGGUGAAACGACGGCGUUGCAGCUGAAGAAGAGGAACGAGGAGCUGGAAGAGGAGCUGAGGCAGAGCAAAGAGAGAGAAGAGCACAUGAGGCGGCAGCUCCACGCCGCAUUAGAGCGUCUCCGCGUGGCGGAGGACGCCGAGGAGCGACUUUGCUCUCAGCUCGGGGAGCUUGAAGCCGAGGCGGUUGAGCAGGCGCGUGAUUACCACGCUCGCAUCGUGUCCCUCAUGAAUCAGCUCUCCCUUUCCCACACUCUCCUCAAUAGUAACACCAACCUUCCCUCCAUUUCCCUCUCUUCAUCAUCCUGAAUCAUCUUCAGUUCCCUUCUUCUUUCUUCUUUUCUUUUCUUUCUUUUCGGUUUGAAGUGCUCUGUACAAUUUUUCUGUUGUUAACAAAAAAAAAAAAAAAAGGUUCAGUGUUAAUUUACAA